GUUCAAUUUCUAUUCAUUUACCGAACUAUCUACUCUUUUUUUCUAACUCCCUUUAUUUAUUUCACCCCCCGGACCCCAUUUCAUUCAGUAUGAAGUGGAAAUCACAAUUCCAAGAAUUCAUAUACGCUAUAAGUACCGAUGAUAAAUAUUCCGAAUUUGAUUCCAGAAAAUCAUUCAACCGUAUCAACAAGCCGGAAACAGAACAAUUAUAUUCCCAUCAUGCCAAUAACGGAUCUUCUCUGGAUCUCGUGUUAGACUCUCCGCAGGAUAUUGACGCGUCCAUCAAUAAAAAUGUCUAUGAUGGUGUUCAUGAAACAAAGCUAGCUUGGAGACACAUAAGUAAUUGGCUUGCUAAAAACGCUCCGGAUUUAAAAUCUUCAUUGCAAAGUCCUUGUACCUCUGCAGACUUAUCUGAUUUUCAAAAGGAUUUGAAUAUCAAGCUCCCAAAUUGUAUAGUAGAGUUUCUAAGGUUAACCGAUGGUCAAUCAUUGUAUAACGAUAAUGGUUCUGGAGGUGUUAUAUUUGGACUUAAAUUGCUUCCCUUGGAAGAAAUCAUGAUCAUGACGGAACAUUGGCGUAAAGUGGCCAUUACUUUACAAGCAGAACUUUCCCAUAUUAGUCAAUCAUACAAAGUGCAAGAGCUUUCCAAGUUAGAGACUAGUCAUAGCAGUCCCAAUGGAAUCAAAAAGCAUUCAGCUUCAUCAUCAACUGUUGACAUUUUCGACAGCACAUAUUCAUCUAGAAACAAUAGCUCCCAUUCAUUGGGAACCAUAGGUAGCCCCAUUGAGUCUAUGAAGAAAUCGGUGGUUCCACAACAAAGAUCGAUACCUCCAGGUAGAAUUCAUGAUCGAUAUGCUCAUCCAAUGUGGAUACCUAUAAUCACAGAUGAAGUAGGUAAUUGUAUUGGUGUAGACUUGUCACCCCCAAACAAGGAAAAUUGGGGUCAAAUAAUAUUAUUUGGUAGAGAUUUCGAUACAAAAUUCGUUAUUGCCGAUAAUUUUGGAGACUUCCUUUUGAUAUUUGCCAAUGAUUUAGAAAAUGGAAACUGGGAAAUACAGAGAGAUGAGACCAACAAUUAUGGAGACCUUUUGAUCGGUAGUGAGGGAAAUCUUGUGUUUGUAGAUCGCAAGUCUGGUUUAGAAGUGGGGUAUUUACAAGUAUUGAAAAAGAGAAGCUUGGAAAAAUGGGUGAAGAGUUUAGAUAAAUCUGAAGAUCAAUUAGAUGGAGAUGUGAAGCAAUUCAUUCAAUCUGUUAAAGAUGAAUCUAAGUCUUUUAUGAAUGUGAAAAAUCCUAAAUCCAUCGAUGCAUUUAUUAAUACCAAUUUAGAGUUGAUUGAUAAAUUAUAUUCCCCAAUGGUAAAAGAAGAACAAUUCAAAGUUCCUCUGUCCAUUAGACCUACAAAAUUAAAUCCAUCUCCCUUAAAAGUGGUGACUGAAAAUGCCGAAAAUUCUGAAACUACUGAAAUUCCCGAAAGUUCCGAUGAUGCCAUUUAUAAUGAAACGGCUAAUCUUAAAACUAUUCCUAUAUAGAUGUUAAAUUACUUUAUGAAACUUUAAAUGAAACCAUGCAUGAUGCAAACC